CUUUCUCUGAGCUAUGGAGUAUAUAUACGGCAUAGUACAGCACACCAGGGUGUGGAAAACCAAUGUUAUCUUCUGACUUUAUUCUGAUCUUAUUCUUUUCGGCAGACUGCAACUUCCGGUGUCAUAUAGUGGUGUAGAAAUUCAUUUCUCAUCCAAUUUGCAAUUUCAGUUUUGUUCUUACUAUUUAAUUUCCGUCUUCUCCUACAUGCAGAUAAGAGGCCGAUCGACAUGCAGUACCUGAUUUCCAUUGGUUCAUUAGUAGCAUGAUGGAUGUACUCAUGGGCGGGUUCAGGUUUCUCGAGCUCAGGUAGGGACAGGACAGCGGCGAGCAGUAGUGCAGGACAGUGAUUUUCAGCUUACUUGGCUGCGGCCGUGGCAGCACGGCCAUGAAACCCAAUUCCUCUGCAGAAAAUUCUUCUAGGGAUGGAAUCUGGUGGCUCUGCUGCACCAGGAUCAGCACCAGCUUGUCCAAGGGAGCACAUCCGCUAUGCCCGUGAUGUGUUUGACAAAAUGCACAGGAGGCAACGCUGUGAUAUUUCGACACUAGACUUUGCAGUAUCCUUCCUUCCAGGCAUGAUCUUUCUUUCCCUUAAUGCACAGGUGGCAGUGCUUCUUACUGCCGGUGACUGAUACGAUCAGAUUUGCCAAUCCAAAUUUGGUGCUAGGUGCAGACCUGGUUGGGUUGAUUGCCUAAGCUUGUAUGAAUUAAUAUGUUUGGAUCGAUAUACUUUGCAAAUAAUUUUAAAUAUUCUGAAGCUUUGAUCUUCUAACCAUUGUGGUUCAUGAUGCUAGUUUGCCUGAUCAAUAUGCCUUGUUUUAUCUUAAAGGUAACAAUCUAGAGCGAGUGGAGUCUUACUGAAGAAUUACAAGCACAAGCAGUAGCAUGCGCUGUCAAACUCUGCAGCUAACAGAAGCACUUUCGCAUGCUCCAACUGACGCACUAGGUAGUUAGCUGUUCAUGGUGCUGUCACGCAAGAAGCAUGCUCUCACGCAAGCUUGUGCCUGCAGCUACUCCUAGUACUAGGUGAUCACUAGUGCUCGGUGCCAUGGGAGGGGGAGAUCACCCGUGCAUGGCUGCCACGGCGGCCGCUUCUGCCGGGUAUGGAGGCGGCAGCGUGGAGGCUGCGCUGAGGCCUCUUGUUGGUGCAGACGCCUGGGACUACUGCAUCUACUGGAGGCUGUCUCUUGAUGAGAGGUUCUUGGAGAUGACCGGGUUGUGCUGCAGCAGUGAGUUCGAGGCCCAGGUUUCUGCACAUGGCGAGCUGCCUUCGUCUAUCCCACUGGAUUCCUCAUCUGCAGGGAUGCACGCCGAGGCAAUCAUGUCCAACCAGCCGAUUUGGCAGACCAGCAGCUGCGUGCCAGAGCUCCCAACAAGUUAUUCCACUGAGCUCGGAUCCGCCGGACCGAGGACGCGGUUGCUGGUGCCGAUCGCCGGCGGCCUCGUCGAGCUCUUCGCCGCCAGAUACAUGGCGGAGGACGAGCAGAUGGCGAAGCUGGUCAUGGCGCAGUGCGGGGUGCCGGCGCGGGCGACAGAGGGCGAGGGGGACGAGGGUGGCGCCGCCGUGCACACGUGGCCGGAGGCGCCGGGCUUCGCGUGGGACGGCGCUGACCCGCAGCGUAUGUACGGGGCGGUGCCGCCGUCGCUCAGCCUGUUCGACGCCGCGGGGGACCCGUUCCUGGCGGCGCCACCGCCCGGGGUGGUCGACGACGCGGCGGCGGCGGGGUGGCAGUACGCCGCGGCGGCCGGGAGCGAGCCGUCGGUGGUGGCGGCGCAGCAGGAGCAGCACGGCGCGGCGCGCACUGGAGGCGCGGACUCGGGGUCCGAGGGGAGCGACUUGCUGGGGGACCCCGAGGGUGACGGCGACGCGCAGGGGCGGGGCGGCGGCAAGGGCGACGGCAAGCGGCAGCACUGCAAGAACCUGGUGGCGGAGCGAAAGCGGAGGCAAAAGCUCAACAACGCGCUCUACAAGCUCAGGUCGCUCGUCCCCAAGAUCACCAAGAUGGACCGCGCUUCGAUCCUCGGAGAUGCGAUCGACUACAUCGUGGGGCUGCAGAACCAGGUGAAGGCGCUGCAGGACGAGCUGGAGGACCCGGCGGACGGCGCCCCCGACGUGCUCCUGGACCACCCGCCGCCGGCGAGCCUGGUAGGGCUGGAGAACGACGACUCACCGCGCGCAAGCCUCCAGCAGCCGCCGGCGAGCAAGAGGGCCCGGGUACCUGCAGCAGCGCCGACGGAGGAGGAUAAGGGGCACGACAUGGAGCCGCAGGUGGAGGUGCGGCAGGUGGAGGCGAACGAGUUCUUCCUGCAGGUGCUGUGCGAGCACAAGCCCGGUCGCUUCGUCCGCCUCAUGGACGCCGUCAACGCCCUCGGCCUCGACGUCACCAACGUCAACGUCACCUCCUACAAGACCCUCGUCCUCAACGUCCUCCGCGUCGUCAGGCGGGACAACGAGGUGGCGGUGCAGGCGGACAGGGUGAGGGACUCGCUGCUGGAGGUGACGCGGGAGUCCUACGGCGUCUGGUCGUCGGCGGUGGGGAGCAGCGGCAGCAUCGACGUCAAGCUCAACUGCGUCGACGUGAAGCUCGAUGGCGGCGUCGAUGUGCAGGCACCGGCGGCCGCGGCCACGGCGGAGGACCAUUAUGGCGGCUACAACCAUCUCCAAUACCUCGCCUGAUCAUACGCCACCAGUUCAUGGAUCAUCCUUCAUGUUCAAUCAAAGGGAUCAACUAAUAAAAAGGGUUUAAUUAGAUUGCAAUCUACUGCGUGUAUGUAUGGUGCACGUUGAUGAUGAUCCUAUAGAUUGCAAUACUGAUGUCACAAACCAUAUGAACAAUUCAUUUGAAAAAAAAAGCAUGUGAAUAAUGCAUUUGCAGUCAUCCCAUU